AAAGAAAUCCCAAAUGUGCUGGUAGAAAAAAACAAAAUAGAGAGGGAAAUCAAGAACUGGCAGCCGCUCAAGCUAAAAGCUGAAGGAUCUGAAGAAGAAAAACCAACAGUCACUGGAUAUACAGUGAAAAUCAACAAUUAUGCAUGGGAUCAGUCUGAUAAAUUUGUGAAAAUCUAUGUCACAUUAAGUGGUGUUCAACAUCUGCCAGCUGAGAAUAUUCAGGUGCACUUUACAGAAAGUUCAUUUCAUCUGCUGGUGAAAAAUUUAAAUAACAAAAACUAUGCAAUGAUGUUCAACAACCUUCUGAAACCAAUCUUAGCUAAAAGCAGCUCAUGGAAGAUCAAAACAGAUAUGAUCUUAAUAUUAUGUAAGAAGCAGCAAGAAGAAAAACGGGAGUGCCUAACACAGGUUGAAAAAGAGACUAAGGAAAAAGAGAAAGCUUCCUAUGAUACAUCUGAAUCCAGUGAAGGACUGAUGAAUCUACUGAAAAAGAUAUAUGCAGAAGGAGAUGAUGAGAUGAAGAGAACAAUUAACAAAGCAUGGGUGGAGAGCCGAGAAAAACAAUCCAAAGAUGAUUUGCCAUUAGACAUUUAACAAGUGUUGAAGACUGUGCUUGCUAAUUUAAUCUACAUUUGAUUUAUGGAGGUUUCUGCUGCAAUAUUCUGUUCAGAGAACAUGUGCUUUUUAUAUAACCAUCUUCAAAGCAAAAACUACAAAAUUUAUGUCU